AUGUCCAUCUUAGAGCCACCAACGUUCAAAUACGAUCCUUUGGACCAAAAGGAACCUCAGUUCAGGCUGCUUACCAUUUACCCUGCUCCAAAAAGAGACGACCCGCUUCACUGCAGACUAUCUUCCGAGUAUUUCUAUGAUGUUGACCGACCAUCAUAUGAAGCCCUAUCGUAUACUUGGGGUACUCUAACAAAUAAACAAAAGCUGAUCGUCAACGACAAUACAUUCACCGUGACUGAGAACCUUGACUGUGCCCUCCGCUAUCUAAGACGCACCGACCAAGAACGAUGUAUCUGGGCUGACGCAAUCUGCAUCGACCAGAGCAACAUUCCCGAGAAGAACUACAUGGUCUAUUGGAUGCACUGUUUCUAUCAAGACGCAAGCCGCACCGUGCUGUGGCUGGGCGAAAAGUCGAUUGACAGCGACGAAGCACUCGACGUGAUCGAAACCAUCGGCCAGGAUUCAAGCCUCGCGUUUGCAGCAUCGAUCCUCAACACACAAGAGACCAAGCGCCGACUACUCGCCAAUGAAGCAAUCAGCCCCGCUCACGUAGCGCAGUGGAGCGCCGUUGCGAAUCUCUUUUUCCGGCCUUGGUGGACGCGCGCGUGGGUGCUCCAGGAAAUGAACCAUGCACAGAGAUGCAUCGUGCAGUGCGGAGACCGUACGCUGGAUAGGGACGUCAUCGCUCAUUUCAUUACCCGCCUAAACGCAUGCAUAGGUGCUACGCUAGGCUAUGGCAUCAUUCCCAAGGCCAGUAUCUUGAGGUUUACCCAGAUUCAAAAGAUCACGCCGCUAUUUAAAGGCAGCUAUCCUUCCCUGGGAGCGGUGCUGGGUCGUACACGGCCCUGCCAGUCUACAGAUCCCAGAGACAAGGUCUACGCCUGUUUAAACAAUGUGCAGCCGAGACCCACAAACCUGAAGGCUGACUAUAGCAAGAGCGUAGUUGAGGUUUACAUCGAUGCUACAAAGGCGGUGAUUCUCCAGGACAACAAUUUACGUAUAUUGGCCUUUUGUGAGCGCAUUUCAGCAGACACUCCUCUUCUUGAUGGCAGGGAGAGACAACUGAUACAGAACCUCCCGUCAUGGGUCCCCGAUUUCGCAAACGAACGACUUUCUGCUCCUCUAUUUGGAGGAUACGAGCAUUGGAAAAGAGAAACAAUUCAGAAAGAAUUUAUCCCGUUUCGAGUGUCUGGCAAUUUAGCCUCUACUAUAUCCAUAGGGCAUCUGGACGGAUUGGAACUCUUGUUCUUAGUGGUCAGCGGGGUCAUUCUGGACAGAGUAGACAACAUUACCAGCCACAACUAUACUGGUAAUUUGGCAGAAUGUAUGAGUGAAGGCCUGAGGAUUAUAGAGGAAAAGGAUGGAAUUUUGAACCCUGAUGGUGAAUCUAUAACCGAAGUUCUUUUGCGCACUAUGGCAAUUGAUAGAACUACAGAGGGAGAACUUUUGUCCCCGGAGGCAGCCAACUCGAUAAUUACGCCGGACAAUCCUACGUUUAGAAGCUGUGGGAGAGCAUUGCCAGGCCGAAUGCUGUUUACAACCUCCGCGGGCUUCCUAGGGUUAGGACCCCAAGCAGUGGAGAAGGACGAUGUGAUUGCUGUUAUUUUUGGUUGCCAUGUUCCAAUGGUGCUUAGGCCGCACCAAAUUGACGAGACCAGGACUUGUUUUGAAGUUAUAGGUGAAGCCUAUGUCCAUGGACUCAUGACUGGGAAGGUCGUGGAACUAGUCGAAGCCGGUAAAUACGACUCUGUCCUGCUCCAUCUUCGAUAG